AUGAGUCAAGAUGUUGAGAUGAAUGAUGUUGAAAAAUCAACAAAUAAUAAUACAGACCAAAGUUAUGAUUUAAUUAAAGACAUUGAAUCAUCGUUUUCAUUAUUAAAUAAAGCUUCAACUACUUUUGAUAAUAGAUAUAUUUCAAAAUUAUUUAGAGAAUUAGGUCCAUUAAGAAAACAAUUGGUGAAACAUGAACAAGUAUUACCUACAGUUAUCUCUGAACAAUAUCCAAAUUCACAUCAAUCAAAGCAAAUUUUAUUAAAUUUAUUACCAACCCCAAUCUCAACCACUACUAAAGAAAUUGAUUCAAAAUUAAUACCAGAAAUUGAAUUAUAUCUUGUAUUGUUAACUCAAGUUUAUUUAUUAGAUACUAAUCAAUUAUCCAAUGCAAAUGAUUUAAUUCCACAUAUUAUAAAUUUAAUGAAAUCAUUUAAUAAAAGAUCUUUAGAUUUUUUACAAUCAAAACUUUGGUUUUUCAUUUCAAGAACAAAAGAAUUAAUUAGUGAUUUAUCUUCAAUUAGACCUGAAUUAUUGUAUAGUUUAAGAACUGCAACUUUAAGACAUGAUAAUGAAACUCAAGCAUCUAUUAUAACAUUAUUAUUAAGAAAUUAUUUAAUACUUCAUGAUAUUCAACAAUCAAUUAAUUUAAUUGAAAAAAUUGAAUUUCCAGAACAUGCAGUUUCAAAUUCAUUAAUUUGUAGAUUUUAUUAUUAUUUAGCUAAAAUUAAUUCAAUUCAAUUAGAUUAUUCAAUGGCUCAUGAAUAUGUUAUAGCAGCAAUAAGAAAAGUUCCUCAAACUAAAUUAGCUAAUGGAUUCAUUCAAGCAGCUACUAAAUUACAAAUUGUAAUUGAUUUAUUAAUGGGUGAUUUACCGGAAUUAAAAGUAUUCGGUGGUGGUAAUUUACAACCUUAUUAUAAUGUAACAAAGGCAGUCAAAUAUGGAGAUUUGAAAUUAUUUGAAUCAGUUUUAAAAUCUUAUGAAUCAGAUUUCAAAAAAGAUGAUUUAUAUACUUUAAUUAUCCGGUUACGUCAAAAUGUUAUAAAAACAGGAAUAAGAUUAAUUUCAUUAAGUUAUUCAAAAAUAUCCCUUAAAGAUAUUUGUAUUAAAUUACAUUUAGAUUCUGAAGAAAGCACAGAAUAUAUUGUUUCUAAAUGUAUUAGAGAUGGUGUUAUUGAAGCAUCAAUUAAUCAUGAAUUUGGUUAUAUGCAUUCAAAUGAAAUUUUAGAUAUUUAUUCGACUAAAUUACCACAAUCAGAAUUUGAUCAAAGAAUUAAAUUUUGUUUAAGUUUACAUAAUGAAAGCGUUAAAUCAAUGAGAUAUCCAAAUGAUCAAGAAAAGUCAAAAUUUAAUAAUAAAGAAAUUGAACCAAAUGAUGAAAUGGAAUUAUUGAAAGCUAUUGAAGAUGGAGAUUUAGAUGAUUUUAUGGAUUAA